UGACACCAGCAGCACUCAUGCAGCCCCACAGCAAAGGGCACUCACACCACCAUGUUUCACAGUAGGCACCAUGCAUUUUUCUUUGUACUCUUCACCUUUGCGAUGUCGUACAGUUUUGAAGCCAUCAGUUCCACAAACAUUUUAUCUUAUUUAUCUUGGUCUCAUCAUCACUCCAGAGUAAAGAUCCCAGUAGUCUUCUUCUUUUUCAGCACGGGCCCUGGCAUAUUCUAGGUGGGCUUUUUUGUGCAUGGGCUUUAGGAGAGGCUUCCUGCGUGGACGACACCCAUGCAUGCCAUUCCUCUGCAGUGUACACUGUAUUGUGUCAUGGGAAACAAUCAUCCCAUUUUGGCUUUCUACUUCUUUAGCUCA